AUGAGAGUUUUAGUUGGUAUAGUAUUAUUGUUGGCCCUCACAGCUGAUGCAGCUGUUACCAGGGAACAAAGGAUUGCUGGUGGUUCCGUUACGACCAUCACCAAUUAUCCUGAAAUGGUCUCAUUGUUGUACUCCGCUGGCUCAUCCAACCAUCGGCAACAAUGUGUUGGCACAAUUCUUACUAACAGAGCAAUUCUGACUGCUGGACAUUGUACAUAUGGACAUGGGAGAGACAGGUGGCGUGCACGUGUCGGAUCCACCAAUGCUAACAGCGGCGGCACCGUCUAUAGUACUCAACACAUCACCGUUCAUCCUUUCUACAAUACCUUGACCUUGGACAGUGAUAUCGCUAUCAUCCGCACCUCGAGCAAUAUUCAAUUUAACAAUCUAGUUCGAGCUGGAAACAUCGCCGGACCUAACUAUUUCUUAGGUGAUAACCAAGUCGUUUGGGCAGCUGGUUGGGGUGUUACUCAGUAUCAAGGGCAACCUUCGGAGCAGUUGAGACACGUGCAAAUUUGGACCGUGAAUCAGGCCGUUUGUAGAAGCCGCUACGCUGAACGUAACCGUCAGAUCACUGAUAAUAUGCUAUGCGCUGGUUGGCUCGACGUCGGCGGUCGUGACCACUGCUCGAGGGACGCCGGUGGGCCGCUGUUCCACAACAGAGUUGUCGUCGGCGUGAGCUCUUUCGGUGUCGGCUGUGGCGACGCUCGCUAUCCUGGUGUCAGUACGCGGGUAUCGCGUUUUACCACCUGGAUUCAGAACAAUGCAUAG